AUGAUCCGUAGCUUCAUGCUGCCGCUCGGGUUCAGAUUGGUAAACUCUCCAUCUUUCCUCCGCCGUUCAGAGGCUCUAAAAGAUCUUCCCGUCCGCACGAAGAAUAGUCAAGCUUCUCGCGCUCGUUCUGUUGUGGACGAGGAUAAAGAGUUCUAUUCGGGCGAGGAGUAUAUCGAGAAGCUCGUCAAUGCUUUUAACCCUGUGGAUGACGACGAUUUCGAUGAGGAGGAAGAUCGUGAUUCUGACCUUCAGUUCGUGUCGGAGCAGCCUAUUGUCGCUCCGAAGACUCCCUCUCGCCUUUCUCCAACGGCGAAAGGACAGCAGAGAGCAGUCUCUGAUGCUGAGGUCAAUACUCCAUCCCGCUGGAAGUGA